AUGCUUGAAAAUCGCAACUACUACCUCCGCCUGUGCCUUAAGCAUUUCAUCUGUUCUGGCACAGGGGCUAAUGCCCUGAUAAAGAAAGAGGAACUUGUGAAGAGAGUCACCCUCCCGUAUUCCAGACCUUUGCCCUGCCUCUGCAUUGAGGGAUGGUCUGCUGUGAUUGAUGCCCCCAGAGUCCGAGUAUGCCCGUUCGAAGACCGUCUGGAGGAGCUGUGGCUUGGAAUUACUUUUGACCCACUGGAGGAGGUGCUAUCAUGGCAGCCUGCUUGUCCAGUUGCUGCUGCAGUAUCUUUGUGUCAAAAAAGAGAGGAUGGCAUCUGUGAAGAUCUGCCCCUAUCCUCACAGAAUGUUAGCAGAGAAAAGGUAACAUUUACCAAAGUGGAUGCACACCCUCAACUCUGCAUGAAGUUCACUGCAGGCUCUCAGUCCUGGAUCAGGUGUCCCUUUGUUGAUGGGAGAUUUCAAGCACCGGAGGUGUCUGUGAAGAGACAACAGGGUCACGAAGAGGUGAAGAUGUUGUCACAGAUCAAUGCGACUUUCUCUGUGGGGCUGUGUGUGAAAUCUGAAGCAUCUACCAUGUGCCAAACUACUGAGACACACUCCGUGCGUGUGGAAAAACAUAAAUCUGUUGGCCUAAACCUGACAGGGGAACUAUGCAAAGGCAACGCUUGCCUCCAGAUAAAGAGGGUUGAUGUGAAGUAUGCUGCCACAGACAUGCAUUGUUUUGACAAAUGUGAUCAAUCACCAUCUCGCAAGCUUCCUGUCACCAAACAAGGCACUUUGGCCUUGACCUGGGUUAUUGUGCCUAUUGGUAUUUGCCUGUCUGCCAUAAUAAUUGUCACCCUGGUGCUGCACGUAAUGUUAACUGUGUAUCAGAGGAGGAAGGAAAGAGGAAAUGGAGGCUACUGUGCCUCUGAAAAGCAAACAGAUUCUGCUCUUAACGGUGUGGUCCCUACAUUACAAACUCAUCCUGCUCAUCUUGGAGGGGUCAUCAGCGGUCAUUCACUCCAGCAUGGACAUACAGAGAAAGUCAACUUACUCUCUCAUUGACCAAAAGAAAAGUGCUCUAGUCAAAGGCAUUACCACCAAAGUGUAGUGUGAAACACAAACCAAAUAGAGUUCUCUGCUGAAUAGAGUAUGAGAUGUUGUCACAGAUAUUUCAGAUUGUAUGUUUGUUACUGUAUAUAUGCUGCUUAGUUAUAAGUAGUUGUUGCUGUUUAUGUAUUCUUUGUGAAAACUAACAUUUACUGUAUACUCUCAUUUUUGUAUCUUAAAAUAUUAGCUUCUGUCCUGAAAAGUCAUUUG